AUGUCUUCAGCUAGUCUUGAAGACAAAUUCAAUGCAGCUGUUAAAGCUAUUCAACAUUUACCUAAUGAUGGUACUUUUCAACCAUCAAAUGAAAUGAAAUUAACGUUCUAUGGUCUUUAUAAACAAGCAACAGCAGGACCAUGUAAAGAAGCACGACCAUCUCUAUUUAAUUAUAUUAAUCGAGCAAAAUGGGAUGCGUGGGAUAAAUGUCGACCGAUGAGUAAAGAAUCAGCUAUGUUAGCUUAUAUUGAUGAAAUUCGAAAAAUUCUUGAAACUAUGCCACAAACAAAUGAAGUAUUAGAUUUUACACAAUUAAUUGGACCAUUUUAUGAAUUUGUUGAUGAUCAAUCAGCAGGGAAUAGUUCGAUUUCAACUAUAAAAAAGAAAACACAUCAUACAAAUAUGAACAGUAAAAAAUCAAAUUCAUUAGAACCUUAUGUUAAUGGAAUUAGUGAAGAUAAUCAUGAUGAACGUCCACUUAUUCAUACUAAUGGUCCAAUACAAACACUAGUUUCCGCUGGAAAUGGUCCAGCACCUUCUUCAUCUCCUUCAUCUUCUUCCACAUCAUCAAUAUCUUCUUCAGAUGUUGAUGAAUUUUAUGAUGAUCCACCUGAUCGAUUUCCGCUUACUCAUGGUUUAUCAAAUGAUGAAAUAUCGUCAAAUAAUAAUAAUAUUCAAAAAACCGAAUCUCUAUCAACAACUACAAACAUUCCACAUGAACAAACAUCAGAUAGUACAAUCAAACAUCAUCCACAUGUAUAUGGCGGUCAAGAUGGAACAAAUGCUCCUCUACAUCAUUCAAAUAGAGGAGGCAAUCAUUCAAAUCAAAAUCAUAGACCAUCCUCACAUCAUCAUCAUCAUGAUCUAUCCGAUGGUGCUCGAUAUUCACCAUCUUCGAUGAUUUCCGGUGGUGGUAAUGGACGACAUCCGAAUAAUAAUUAUAAUAAAGAAACACAACGUGCUAUAUUAACAGCAUUGACAAAACUUCAACGAGAUGUUAAUAAUAUUUUAGAACGACUUAAUCAAUUAGAAACAUCAACACAUUUUCUUCAACAGAGAGAACUAUCAACACAAUUACAUCGCUCUUCUGAACCAAAAGCAAUAUCACGAUGGUUUCCAUUAUCCGGUUUACGUCGUCGAGCGAUUGCAUUUAUUUUACUUUGGCCUUUCUUUGUCUUCUCAGUAAUUCGACUUUUUCUUCGUGCACGAAUAAUUAUACGUUUCCGACAGCCACGUCGUUGA